AUGGAGCUCGGCGAUCAAAAGCCGAGCCACCUACUGAGACGUAUGAGGCAGUUAGCUAAAGAUAAAGUGCCUGAUACCACGCUGAUGAUUUUGUGGCAAAACCUUUUGCCAUCCUGGGUCAGAGGAGUGUUGACGGUGGUGGAAGAGAAGGAUCUUAGCAAGCUAGCCGAGUUGGCGGACAAGAUGUUGGAGACCUCGCGGGCGGCACAGGUGGAGUCGGUGGGAGCUUCCACGUCUACCGCGCCACCUUUGUCGUCAGACGCGGCCAUGAUAGUGGCAGAAAUAGCCAAACUUAACAUCCGGAUGACAGAUUUGGAGAAGUCCAGGCCACGGUUCAGACAUCAAGGCGGGCGAGGGCGCCGAGAUUUCAGGGGAAGAAGCGGCUCACGCAGAUCAAACAGUAGGCGAAGAAAUGAGAACAAUCCUAACUGGCUCUGUCAUUUCCACUUCCGCUAUAGGGAGCGAGCCACCAGGUGUGAGGAACCCUGCGCCUGGAAGAAACAGGGAAACUAG